ACGAAAAUUCUACCCCUUUCUCUCUCUCUUCUUCCAUUUCCGGUCGCCUAUCGCUUCUCGCCGUCGUCGUUACGCGGUCACCUCUCUCCGCCUGCGAGUAUGCCAUUCUCUCUCUGCUCUUAACUGAAGUGCACUCAUAGGCCAUAGCCAGGGCCAAAUUUAUCGAUAUCUGUUCGGUGGAGCAAGUAUUUCGGUUUUGGUUCGGUCUGGCCAAAAAAUUUGGAGAAUUUCUGGUUUUAACCGAAAUUAAGCAGUGCUCUGCCUAAUUGAUACAUUUGAGGAGGGUUCGAAAAUUUGAAAGUCAGAAUGGAGCCUCUAACAAUAUUAGUCGAUGAGCUCAAACGGCUCGCCACAACGGCGCAAGACUUGGCUCACAGCCUCCUUAACUCCGGCCGCCGCCGCAGCCCGCUAUGAGAUGGGGCAUUAAAAACUAUUCAAAUGGUGUGAUUUACAGAUUGAUAUCUUGAAGCGGUUACAAAGGGAAGCCUUUUCAGAUAUCAUGAAACUCAGGGAUAGGCAAGACAAGGUAGAAAGGCUACUCACUUUCUAUAAAUCUUCCAAGGGAAGUCCAUUCCAGGAAUCCGGCACUCAUGUGAGGGGAAAUGUGGAUGUACUAGGGGCUUUCUUCGUUAUGGAUGGUGUUGACGAGCAGAAAUAUGAUGCCGUUCAAAGAUCUGCUAUUAGAAAUGGUAUUGAUGCAAGACUGAGAUUUGAAACUGAUGUAAGGGAGAAGGAUAAACUUGUAGCAGAAUUUUCUGCCAAUGGUAAAGGUCAAGGUGAUAUGCUGGGUGGUUCACUUUCGCUUGCAAAAAUUCUCUAUGCUGCACAUUUUAGUGAUUGGUUCUCUGCCGUUGCAAUACCAAUGGGUGCACAAUGCAGAGAUGUUGCUCACCCAACAAGUACUCAUCAGGAAAGGGGAGUAACUAGCUAUUCUGAUAGUGGACCUCCAUUUCUGUAUCAGCAUAGUGGCAGUGCCAUCGGUAUAGCUGUGAGAAAAAUGAACAUAGUUGCCUCUAUGGCGCAGUUUGUAUCCAAUUUUUCAAUGCAGGAUGAUGCAGAUGGAUUAGGGUGUUCCUUGAGUACGCUUGGACAGAUUGUCUGGGAUCUCUCUAGAAACACGAAGCUUUCACUUUUGGGUGUGCACAGAGUCUCCCAGCCAUCAGGUCAAAAUAUCAACCUUGGAGCAUUGGCAUUCCCCCUGAGCAGAUUUAGACGUUACAGAUUUUCAGAGACGUCUGCACAGGAGGAAGAUCAACCAAUACGUAACUCUAAUGGCUCCAUUGCUCUGAUGUUAAACUCAGAAAUUGAGGACAGUACAAGGAUAGGAGGCUGGAUAGAGACCAAAAACUCCAACCCCGGGCACCUGCAGUGGGCAGUGACAAUGUCUGAUACUCCAGAAGAUGAGCUCGGGUGGGGUUUGACCUUGGGUGGGAUGUUGCAAGGUCCAAAACGGUUGCAACAUUUUCAGAUGGAGACAUUCUUGAACAUGAAUUUUGGGAAAAGAUUUACACUGCGGCCAGGUCUUGUAUAUGUGAAGGACGGAGUAACCCAGUUCCCGGCCCUAACGAUCCAUUCCAGCUGGUCCCUAUAACUGCCGUUCACCAUUUUGUGACGUAUAUUUCUCUUGUUGCUAAGAAAGACAUGGAUUCUACAUGUAAGUCAUUGAUUUUAUGAUACUAAUAGUAGUAAUGAUAUUGGGGUAAAUUUGUUUGGUUUCUUAUAAGUUGAAGCAAAACUGGUUAAGCUAUAGACUUAUUUUAAUGACCUA